AUGGCAAAGAAAUCCAUCACCAUGAAACCAAUCUUUCAAGAGCAAGAUGCUGUUUUAUUAGAUGAAGCUAAUGAUUUCUCUAACUGGGAACUCAUUAACGAAUCUGAUGCUGAAGACUCAGAUACUGAUUCUUUACAAAGUCUGGAAAAUGGCUUUGUUUCUUGGUCUUCACCAAGAUCACCGAAGACAAGCCAAGAAAUAGUAGCCCAGGACACUCAACAAGACCGAGAUGUUGUCUUUCAUUUCAACCCUCAUGAUCAUGAAGUUGACGAUGACUAUGAUGACGAUGGUGAUGUUUAUCGUGGGAGGCCUAUAUUGUUUCCUGCUGCUAGGAUUCAGUAUGUUGAUUUUGAUGAUGAAGAGGAUGAUGAUGAUGAUGGGUAUGGGUUAAAUGAUGAGCUAGUGCCAUGGAAUGUGAGUGGGAAGUUAGGGAGGCAAAGGAUUAGGAAGUUAGGCAAAAAGGUAUUUCCUAAGACGAGUAAUUCGAAGAGGAGUCCUUUUCUUCAUGUGAAGCGAGGGUGUGUUCAUGGAAAGCAUGGGUUGGGCUUGAAGGCUUAG